CAGUUUAAAAACAUGUAUCACUAUAAUAAGUCACACAGAUGCUGGACAGUCCAGAGAGGACAUAUAGGUACAGACGUACAUUAGAGAUGAGAUAAGUAGAAUUUACUGUAUUUGACCACAAGUGUUUAAAGAUGUCAGAGGGAGUCUAUGAAAACUCAGAUGGAUUUGAAGACGAUGAGCCUGAUGCAAUGAAGAACACAGACAUUGACGGCCAUUUAUAUGCCAACGUAAGAGCCUUACAACUCAGUCCACGAGUUGUUGCUUCAGUACAUGUUCAGUGGUGGAAGAGACCCUCUGGAGUUGCUGCAGUGUGUCUGGGGCUGCUGUGUGUUCUCCUACUGGCUGGGAUCAUAGGCCUGUCUGUCUACUAUGGAGUCAUUGGUCAUCACAACUCAACAGAGAGAGACCAGCUACUGGCCAGUUACAGCAAUCUGACUAAAGAGAGAGACCAGCUACAGACCAGUUACAACACCCUGACUAAAGAGAGAGACCAGCUACAGACUGAGAGAGAUGUUCUUAGUGGGAGGUUUACCAAUCUCAAACAAACCUGUUCUGAAGGCUGGCAGAAGUUUGAAUCCAGUUGGUACUUCCUGUCUACUGAGACUAAAACCUGGAAGAAGAGCAGAGAGGACUGUCUGGAGAGAGGAGCAGACCUGGUGAUCAUAAACAGCGAUAAGGAACAGGAGUUUCUCUUCAACCUCAACAAGGGAGUCUGGAUUGGUCUGACUGACUCUGUUACUGAGGGGACCUUGAUAUGGGUGGAUGGCACCCCACUGACCAACCCAAGGUACUGGCAUAAACCACAGCCUGAUAAUGGUGCUGGCAGACUAGACUAUGGUGAGGAGGACUGUGUUGAGAUACGUAAAGAUCAGCGUCCUCUGGAGGCAUGGAAUGACUUGUCAUGUGACAGGAAAAUCUACUGGGUUUGUGAGAAAGUGGUUUAACAUCACCAUGACAACAUAUUGUAACACAUACAGCAGCACACAGUGCACACUCCUUCAUUCUCUCUCUCUCUCUGUCUAUCUCUCUCUCACUCUCUCUCUCACAGACAUUCUCUCUCUGUCUCAAACCCACACACACAACCUCUCACACACAUGCACACACACUGCAUGCACACAUGCAUGCAAACAUAUAUACUGUUGUGUUUGUUUGUAGUGUUAUAUUAAUAAAAGUCCUACUUUUGACUGUA